AUGUCUGUUGCUCAAACUGGUGAGGAUCUUCAGAAACUUUCUGUGAAAGAGCAGAACAUUACACCCUGGGAUGUUGAAGGUGCGGUUGAUGAAAACGGCAAAUCCCAAGACAUUGACUAUGACAAGUUGAUCAAGCAAUUCGGUACUAAGGGAAUUUCAGACGAAACGCUGCAGAGAUUUGAACAGGUCACUGGUCACAAACCUCAUCAUUUUCUUCGUAAAGGUCUUUUCUUCAGCGAAAGAGACUUUUCAAAGAUUUUGGAUUUGUACGAACAAGGUAAGCCGUUUUUUCUAUACACCGGUAGAGGGCCUUCUUCAGAUUCGAUGCACUUAGGACAUAUGGUUCCCUUUCUGUUCACAAAAUGGCUGCAGGAUGUGUUUGAUGUUCCUCUAGUCAUCGAAAUGACGGACGACGAAAAGUUUCUGUUCAAGCAGAAAUUAACCAUCGAUGACGUCAAAGGGUUUGCCCGUCAGAACGCCAGCGACAUCAUCUCCGUUGGGUUCAAUCCGGAAAACACCUUCAUUUUCUCCGAUCUACAAUACAUGGGUGGUGGAUUCUACGAAACCGUAGUAAGAGCCUCCAGACAGAUCACCGGGUCAACUGCCAAAGCUGUUUUUGGAUUUUCAGACUCGGAUUGUAUUGGUAAGUUUCAUUUCGCCUCUAUCCAAAUUGCCUCUGCGUUUCCAUCGUCCUAUCCUGACGUGUUAGGGCUCCCCAACAAGACCCCAUGUUUGAUUCCCUGUGCUAUUGACCAGGACCCAUAUUUCAGAGUCUGUAGAGAUGUGGCAGAAAAGCUCAAGUUCAGCAAACCCUCUUUGUUGCAUGCCAAAUUUUUCCCCGCUCUUCAAGGAUCUACUACCAAGAUGAGCGCUUCUGAUGAUACAAGUGCGAUCUUCAUGACGGAUACACCCAAGCAGAUCCAGAAGAAGAUUAACAAAUAUGCUUUUUCAGGCGGACAAGUAUCAAUAGAAGAUCAUAGAAAGCUAGGAGGUAAUCCUGAUGUAGACGUUGCCUUCCAGUACUUGAGCUUUUUCAAAGAUGACGACGAAUUUUUGAAAGAUGUUAGCGACAAAUACAGAUCAGGCGAGCUCUUAUCUGGUGAGAUGAAGAAGCUGUGUAUUGAUGUGUUGCAAGACUUUGUGCGUGAAUUUCAAGAACGUAAAUCGAAGGUCAACGAUCAAAUUGUGGAGCAAUUCAUGAAGCCCCACAAGCUGGUUUGGGGUCAAAAGGAGAGACUUGUUCCCAUAAAGCCCAAGGAGAAGAAGUGA